UCAUUGUGCAUGGAAGCAACACUCAAACUCUGCCGAAGACCACUCUAACUUUUGGACAAGAGGAGGACUUUUCUUCCCUAAAGAUCCGAGGACCACGAGUGUUUUUUUUUUCCUUCUCGGAAAGUGUGCGUUGUGACCACAGGAUACUUUUACGCAAGGUUUGUUAAAACUAACAAGGACAAUGCCUCGGUCUUUCUUGGUCAAAAAGUACUUCGCGAAACAAAAGCCAAACUACAGUGAACUUGAAUGUCAGAAUGACACCUCACUGGAGAGAUUUCCUCUAGCCGAGCUCCCAUCAGGGGACAACACGUCCUCCACCACCUGCUUCACAACAAGCCUGGUGUGGGACCUGAGCGUCCUGCCCACCCUCUACUUGCCAACCUCCCAAACAGAGCAAUCUACCGCCCCAGGCCCCCUGGACCUCAGCUCCCCGUCCAGCCUCAGCAGCAGCGCCAGCAGUUGUGGAGAAGAAGAUGAAGGACGCACAUCAGACCCCCCCAGCCCUGAACCUGUACACACAUAUGCCCCUCGCCAGCGGAUGAAAUGCACCGGGAUGAUGGCUCAUAUCAGCCCCCCUGAGGAAGAGGAGGAAAGAGAGACCCCGGUCACAGCAGCAAGGCCUGCCUUCCUCUGCAAACACUGCCCUAAAGAGUACACCAGCCUUGGGGCUCUGAAGAUGCACAUCCGCUCUCACACCCUCCCCUGUGUGUGUACCACCUGUGGGAAGGCUUUCUCCAGGCCUUGGCUGCUGCGUGGACACAUCCGCACGCACACAGGUGAGCGCCCGUUCUCCUGCCCACACUGCAACCGUGCUUUUGCUGACCGCUCCAACCUGCGGGCUCAUCUGCAGACGCAUGCUGAAGUAAAGAAGUACCAAUGCGGCAUCUGCUCUCGCACCUUCAGCCGCAUGUCAUUGCUGCAGAAGCACAGCUCCUCAGGCUGCUGCUCCACCACGGUGUGAGGCACCGCAGGCACGGACACAGGGUAUCCACUCAGAGAAAUGAACAGCGGUGGGCUAGUAGCCCUGGAAGUGGCACCUACAUGAGCCCAACUGGCCUGAUGAUGAUCUGUAAGGCCACAAAGAGCAUGGCAUGGCUCACUUUAUGAGACCUGGAGGGAUUUGAGCUUCAUUAUUGGAACUGACUUUACAUGCCUUUUAGCAACUCUGCUGUUUGAAACAUCUGAGGAGCAGAUUUUUUUUUCUUCCAUUCUAGAUUGAGGUCAUGAGGCUGGACCAAAGCUGAACAGAGCAAUGCAAACACUCACUUGAUAUCAGCCCCUUUGUUGCCGCUGUGCUCAUUCCAAAGAAAAAAAUAUGCAGUGAACUCAUAGGGGUAAAGAGGUGUUCUUUCCUGUCUCCGUCCUGGUGCCGGCUAGCUCAGGAUCAUGGCCUAGACACAGCUGCUGAGAGGUAGGGGUGCGUGGGUGGAAUAAAUCUCUCAGCAUGCCUCAAAACACACGUACACACACCCUAACACACACACACAAAAGCAAAUGCACACACAGCUGUCCCUGGUACUGUGGUGUAGAUAGACGAGGUGCUAACAGGUGCUACAGCCAUGACCUUCGCUGGUUGAUAGCAGGUGACUUCCACUGCCCUUGGUUUGCUUAAGAAAAAAAGAGGAAGUAUGUCAUUACCAAAGAAUGGCAUCAGUUAGUCUUUUUGACCAGUGGGGAUUGUUUUAAGCCUUUAUUUUGACUACAUCCAAACCUUCUCUUUAAUCUGAUGGUUGCAGAGAUAGGUAACACCUUCUGUCUGGUGUUUUCCAAAGAAGCCUCACUUUGCAGCACCACUCUAAUGUGGGCAGUAAUGAAAGCCAUGCACUCUAAGUUACCACAGUGUUAAUUUUGAUCACAUCCAAAGCCAUAUUUUUUAACUUAAAUGAAUUUGUGCCUUGAAAUUGUAUUACUUUUGAAACCAACAUGCCUUUUACCUCAGUAUUUGUACAUUUAGAAUAAGCAUUGAUAGCAGUAUUAAAAAUCAGCACCAAACAGAUUGAAAUGUAAAAAGGCUGGGACCAAUAAUCUGUAUGGUUUACGCUCUGGAGACAUGGUUGUGUAGAUGUGGUCAGAGCCACGGAAAUAGACAAUCCAAAGAUGAGUUUUUUUAAACUUUCCUAAAGACUUUAUGGCAGUUUUUUUAAUAGUGCAAUGUGCCAAUGAUGUGUUAUUUUAUUUUGUUUUUGUACCAUGCUUGUGUGUUCACUCCUUUUUCCGUUUUCCUUUAUGUUGUAACUGAUACAUUUUCAUUCAAUAAAGUAAUUUAUGUUUA